GUGCGGCACGGGCAGGCGCCAGGGGAGGAGUGAGUUCAGCGCUGGAGCAGCAUCUGCUCCGCGUCAGAGCCGGCGGGCAGCCAGGCCAGCACGGAGGUCCAGCUCUCUCCCCGCGUCCCGUCUGCCGCGGUGCAGGGCCUGGGGCCUCAUUGGCCGGCCGGGGGCCGUCUGUGGCAUAAAUUGGAGCCCUGGGCUCUUGCUGGGACUUCAGCUGCCCACAGCCCAGCACCAGCCCUUCUGCCUCCUGCUGGGUGAUGGGAGCCCCACGUCCGGUGUUCCCCCGGGGGGCUGCCCUCUGGGCCUUCCUCCUGGCCUCGCUGGGCAGCGUGGCCGGCCAGCCGCUGGGGGCAGAGCCCAUGUGCACGGCCCAGCCCCUGGCCAGGUACAGCAUCACCUUCACGGGCAAGUGGAGCCAGGCGUCCUUCCCCAAGCAGUACCCGCUGUUCCGCCCGCCCGCACAGUGGUCGUCCCUGCUGGGGGCCGCGCACAGCUCGGACUACAGCCUGUGGCGGAAGGACCAGUACGUGAGCAACGGGCUGCGGGAGUUUGCGGAGAGGGGUGAGGCCUGGGCGCUGAUGCGGGAGAUGGAGGCAGCGGGGGAGCGGCUGCAGAGUGUGCACGGCGUGUUCUCCGCCCCGGCUGUGCCCAGCGGCACCGGGCAGACGUCCUCGGAGCUCGAGGCCCACUCCAGGCACUCGCUGGUGUCCUUCGUGGUCCGCAUCGUGCCCAGCCCCGACUGGUUCGUGGGCGUCGACAGCCUGGACCUGUGUGACAGCGGCAGGUGGCGGGAGCAGGUGGCCGUGGACCUGUACCCCUACGAUGCCGGGACCGAUAGUGGCUUCACUUUCUCAUCCCCCAAUUUCGCCACCGUCCCGCAGGACACGGUGACAGAGAUCACGGCCUCCUCUCCCAGCCACCCUGCCAACUCUUUCUACUACCCGAGGCUGAAGGCCCUGCCCCCCAUCGCCAAAGUGACUCUGGUGCGGCUCCGGCAGAGCUCCAGGGCCUUCGUCCCACCAGCCCUGGGCCUGGGGGUGGGGGGCAACGAGAUCGUGGACAGCCUUCCAGACCCAGAGACGCCGCUGGACUGCGAGGUCUCGCUGUGGUCGUCCUGGGGGCUGUGCGCAGGCCCCUGCGGGCGGCCGGGGGCAAAGAGCAGGACGCGCUACGUCCGCGUGCGGCCGGCCAACCACGGGGCGCCCUGCCCGCCCCUCGAGGAGGAGGCCCCGUGCGAGCCCGACAACUGCGUCUGACACCGGCGCCCGCGCCACCGCGCAGGGACUGGCCCCCGGCCCGGCUGCGAAAUACCUCAGACCCGGGGACCCGGGCCACCGGCCUCGUCAGGGUCCCGUCCCAGCUGCAGAAUAAAGACCAGUGUCUCCCA